AUGUCACCCUGCAUCUCUUUCACCUCCCUUGUAUUGGCCACGAAACUGCUACGAACUCAAAGUUGGAACUUACCAACAACGGGAGGGAGAUUCAUAUCAUUCAAGGGUUGUGUGAGGGAUAGGAAGGUAGUUCCUGAUGCAGAGCCUCCUAGUGCCAAAGAUGUUGACCUUUUAUAUCAAUUUUUUGAAAAAAGUACCAAGCUCAUGGUAUUGACUGGAGCUGGAAUAAGUACAGAGUGCGGUAUCCCUGACUAUAGAAGUCCUAAUGGUGCUUAUAGUUCUGGUUUCAGACCAAUAACCCACCAGGAGUUUCUUCGUUCAAGCCGAGCCAGGAGGAGAUAUUGGGCUAGGAGCUAUGCUGGAUGGAGAAAAUUCACUGCAUCACAGCCAUCUGCUGCUCAUCGUGCUUUGGCAACAUUCGAGAAAGCUGGCCGAAUUGAUUUUAUGAUUACUCAAAAUGUUGAUAGGCUCCAUCAUCGAGCUGGUAGCAACCCAUUAGAAUUACAUGGGACUGUAUACACUGUAAUUUGUUUAGAUUGUGGAUAUUCCCUUUGCCGGAGUUUAUUUCAGGACCAAUUGAAGGUCCUCAAUCCAAAGUGGGCAGAAGCAAUUGAUAGUUUGGACCAUGGAAACCCUGGGUCAGACAAAAGUUUUGGAAUGAAACAAAGACCUGAUGGUGAUAUUGAGAUCGACGAAAAGUUUUGGGAGGAGGAUUUUAUCAUCCCAACCUGCCAGAAGUGCAAUGGUGUUCUCAAACCUGAUGUUGUCUUCUUCGGUGAUAAUGUUCCAAAGGACAGAGCCGGUAUGGCAAUGGAAGCAUCUAGAAGUUGUGAUGCUUUUCUUGUACUAGGUUCGUCUGUGAUGACCAUGUCUGCUUUUCGACUUGUCAGGGCAGCUCAUGAAGCAGGUGCCGCAACUGCAAUUGUCAAUGUAGGUCUGACCCGUGCUGAUGGUUUUGUGCCCUUGAAAAUCAAUGCGCGGCUGGGUGAGAUACUGCCAAGAGUACUUGACAUGGGAUCCAUCAGCGUACCUGCUGUGUAA